ACCGGAAAUCAAUCACAUGACCACUGUUUACAAUUUUUUUUUUUAUUUCAUUCACAAAAGACCCUAACUAUAUACGCUUUGCUACGGUUUAUCUUGGCUCUUUUUGACGCCCAUCAUGAGACUUGUGAUUCUUGAUGAUUAUGAUUUGGCCAGUGAGUGGGCUGCCAAAUACAUCCGCAACCGAAUUAUCCAGUUCAGACCUAGCGCAGACAAAUACUUCACUUUGGGCUUGCCCACUGGGAGCACUCCUCUGGGCUGUUACAGAAAGCUAAUUGAAUAUCACAAAAGUGGAGACCUGUCCUUCAAAUAUGUGAAGACCUUUAAUAUGGAUGAGUAUGUUGGCCUGCCUAGGGACCAUCCGGAGAGUUACCAUUCCUAUAUGUGGAACAACUUCUUCAAGCACAUUGACAUUGAGCCUCAGAAUACUCACAUCCUGGACGGCAAUGCGGCUGACUUGCAGGCAGAGUGUGAGACCUUUGAACAGAUCAUCACUGCUGCAGGGGGCAUCGAACUGUUUGUAGGGGGUAUCGGGCCAGAUGGCCACAUUGCCUUUAACGAGCCUGGUUCUAGUCUUGUGUCAAGAACGCGAGUGAAGACUUUGGCUAAGGACACUAUAGUGGCUAAUGCUCGCUUCUUUGGAAACGACCUGUCUAAGGUGCCCACCAUGACUCUCACUGUGGGUGUGGGCACAGUUAUGGAUGCUAGAGAGGUCAUGAUCCUGAUCACCGGUGCACACAAAGCAUUUGCCCUGUACAAGGCCAUCGAGGAAGGAGUGAACCACAUGUGGACAGUGUCUGCUUUCCAGCAGCACCCGCGCACCAUCUUUGUGUGUGAUGAGGAUGCUACACUUGAGCUCCGGGUCAAGACCGUGAAGUACUUUAAAGGGCUAAUGCACGUUCACAAUCAACUGGUGGAUCCAAUGCACAGCAUGAAGCACUACAAGGACUAGAUGGAGGCCCAGUAUCUUGCCUUUUAGUGGUGCUCAAAAAGAUUUGCAUCAGUUUGGGGGAGUUAAACUUGUUUCAUAGCCCACAAGCAGAAUCUGAGGGUCACAAAGGUGGCUGAAAUACCAGAGAAAGAUUCAGAUGUCCCAGUGACGUGUAGAUUGUCUAAUCACAACUGCUGACUUCUAGCUAUUGAUUUGAUCUGCAGUGAUUUCUUAAUGUACCCUUGUCAUUUGCGAAUUCUUGUCUGACAAGAACAGGCCAGUACAGAAAACGAUGCAACUUUCAGGGCAUGUUCACUUUAAGGGAAGCCACGGUUUUGGCAUGAAAUCAUUAUUAAGACAAGGUUUGACUGUACUGUAAAACACAAUUCAUAGUUCACCCACUGCUGAAAGGUCAAUCUUAACACUCCAUUUUUCAUUUUGUAUUUAACAUGGUUCCCUUUUUACGUGACUAGAAAGCUUAAUGUGUGAAACAGAGGUCAUCACAUUUGUUACACCUAAUCAUCCAAUUCAGCAUUGCCAUGGAUAUAUUUAACUUUGCCUAAUAUCCAUCUCGAGUUACAAGAUGCACAGAGUCUAAUUUUUCCCCUCUUCUAAUUGGAAUUCAAUGAGUUAUCCUCGUGCACUCAAGCAUUUGAAGAUUUUAUGGUCUUCAUCUUUGAGCCUUUAUAUAGUUACUGUACUGUAUGUCUAAGAAUGUAAAAUGCGUCGUAUUUACAUUGUUCUGCAUACUCAUGGUUUGAAUUAAGGUUUAAGGUGGGUGUUCUUUUCUAACUUUGUGAAUCAUUUCAGUUCCUUUAUGGUUUUGAUUAUUGUUUCCCAAUACCAGUGCUGGAAUAAUCAUGCAGCCCCUAAGCAACUGAUUCAAAACACUGACUAAUUACUAAGCCCUCUAGAACUCUGAACAGGUGCAUUAAGAGUGCAGAGCCUCUUUAAAUGAGGCCUCCCUGAAUUACUACAUCAAGGAGUCGUGUGGUUUAUAAGGAUUUGUUUCAACCCUGCACAACACGUUUUUUUUAAAUUGGAUUCCCUUUCAAACGGGGAAUGGCAAAUUGGUGGGGAUUGUAUUUGGUACCCCUCAGCCCUUGUAUAAGGCUGUGUAGAGCACCCCAGAACUGGGAUUUGGAAACACUGUACCAUUUUACCUCUUGAAUUAGAUACUGAGGGGAUUCUAGAGAUCCAUUUGUCUACGUAAACCUAAAUGCUAAUUUGGGACCAGUAUUAGUGGUUUUCUUUAUCUGUUGAACAAUCAGGUGUUUCCACUUAGUGAUGGUUCCCAGUGGUGGGGGGUGUCUUUUUGCAAGAAAUGUCUUUACAUAUGAUCAUAGUUACUGCUUCAACUCUUCUUUUACUGUUACAAGAGGUUAUGGCAACCAGCACAUUAAUUUUACUCUCUCCUACUUAAAAGGUGUUCAUGCUUGGAAUGCUUAAUCGCACAAGUUACUUUAAGUCUGAAGUCUGAAUUGCUUUUUGUAUGUGGCUGGACCUUGGUAUCCUGAAAUGUUUCAUUUACUAUAGCCAGUAAUGUUGAUGUCCACAGGGAUGUUAAUUUGUUUUGUUGUUGUUUAUUAAAGAACGUUCAUUCUGAAACAAUUUAUAUGGAACAGCUGUUAUCAGACUUAUAUUUAAGUGCCAAUUUUACUUUUUCAAAUCAUCAUUUACAUGCCCAUGGCUGCAGAAAUGAUAAAAGCUCAUUUGGUUUUUGUUUGGACACUUUGCUCUGAAUAAAACGAGUAAGUUUCUUACAUGCUUUACACAUUA